GUCACCAGUCACCUAUUUCGGAAAUCUCAAUUUACUAAUUUAUUAUAGAAAGUGUUUUUAAUAAUGUAUCGAUUAUAAACUAAAUAACUGGUUUUUUGUGAGUGGUCCUCAUAAAUGUUAAGGUUUAAUAUAUAUUGUCACAGAAAAGAUAAUAAGCUAGGAUGCAAUGCUCCCUCGUCGUCGAAAUGUUGGUGUUUCUGACAGACCCGAACACACUCAAGAAGAAUUGAUUCCUUAUUCUAAAUUAGAUAAAAACGGGAAAAAAGUGCUAACGCCACCUCCACAGGUCAAGCAAUAUUAUAAUCAACCGAUCGGCUUUAUUGAACCCGAUACCACUUUCGAUUUCUUGGAAGAAUUUGUUUUUGAACCAGUGAUGGCAGCGAGAGACAGAACUCAGGAGUUCGUCUCCACCGUUCGCAGCUUACAAGGAAGGACACUGGCUAGACCGGUCGUCAAAGAUGAUAGAAAAGCGGCGAUCCUAGCCACAUAUUCACAAUUUAUGAGCAUGGCGAAAGUAAUAAGUAAAAAUAUAACCAGCACAUAUGCCAAACUGGAGAAACUUGCAAUGUUGGCCAAAAAGAAGUCGUUAUUUGAUGAUAGAUCAAUGGAGAUACAUGAGCUGACAUAUAUCAUUAAAGGAGAUUUGAAUUCACUGAACCAGCAAAUAGCAAGGUUGGGAGAAAUGCCAAGGGGUAGAAAAUCCAUGCACAGCCACUCAUCUAGUGUGGUGUUGGCUCUUCAGUCUAGAUUGGCCAACAUGAGCAAUCAGUUUAAACAGGUUCUUGAAGUGAGAUCAGAAAAUCUUAAACAUCAGAAUAAUAGAAGGGAGCAAUUCUCAAGUGCAGCACCAGUCGUUAAAGAAGUGCCAUCAAUAUUACAACCCGAUGAAGUGAGGUUAGAUUUAGGUGAAACAUCGAUGCAGAUGCAGCAAAUGGCUCUCAGAGAUGACAGUGAUAUGUAUGUACAGCAACGAGCGGAGACCAUGCAUAAUAUUGAGAGCACUAUAGUGGAGCUGGGAGGUAUAUUUCAGCAGCUCGCUCACAUGGUUAAAGAGCAAGAUGAAGCAAUCGGUAGAAUCGAUGCCAAUAUACAAGAAGCAGAGAUGAAUGUGGAAGCUGGGCAUAGAGAAAUUAUGAAGUAUUUCCAGAGUGUUACAGGCAAUCGAGCACUGAUGAUAAAAAUUUUUGGGGUCCUGAUAUUCUUCUUUAUAUUCUUUGUUGUGUUUAUGGCAUAAAUGCACAGAUUGUAAUUCCUUGGGCUUAAAUAUAUAAAAAAUUAUAUUGUAAAUAAAAUUUGAAGAUAUUA